AUGCCUUUGACCGUCGAUCUCAAGACCCCCGUGACGGGCACCUACAAACAGCCCAUCGGCCUCUUCAUCAACAACGAAUGGGUUGAGGGUGUCGAGAAGAAGAAGUUUGAAGUUAUCAAUCCUGCCACCGAGGAGGUCAUCACCUCCGUCUGCGAGGGUACCGAGAAGGAUGUCGACUUGGCCGUGAAGGCGGCCCGCCUGGCCUUCGAGACAACCUGGAAGCAAGUCUCUCCCCAGAACCGAUCCGGCAUGAUUCUCAAGCUCGCCGACAUUGCCGAGAAGAACCUGGACCUCCUCGCUGCCGUCGAGUCUCUCGACAAUGGCAAGUCCAUCACCAUGGCCAAGGGUGAUGUCGGUGCUGUCGUUGCCUGUUUGCGGUACUACGGUGGCUGGGCCGACAAGAUUGAGGGCAAGACCAUCGACAUCGCUCCUGAUAUGUUCCACUACACUCGCCCGGAGCCCAUCGGCGUCUGCGGUCAGAUUAUCCCGUGGAACUUUCCCUUGCUCAUGAUGGCCUGGAAGAUUGGUCCUGCCCUGGCCACCGGCAACACGAUCAUUCUCAAGUCCGCUGAGCAGACGCCUCUCUCGGCUUUGGUCUUUGCCAACUACGUCAAGGAAGCCGGCUUCCCUCCUGGUGUCUUCAACCUCAUCUCCGGUUUCGGCAAGACGGCCGGUGCCGCCAUCUCCUCCCACAUGGACAUUGACAAGGUGGCCUUCACCGGCUCCACCAUUGUGGGCCGCACCAUCAUGAAGGCCGCUGCAGCCUCGAACCUCAAGAACAUCACGCUCGAGCUCGGCGGCAAGUCGCCCAACAUCGUCUUCAACGAUGCCGAUAUUGAGCAGACCAUCUCGUGGGUCAACUUUGGCAUCUACUUCAACCACGGCCAGUGCUGCUGCGCCGGCACUCGCAUCUAUGUCCAGGAGGGCAUUUACGACAAGUUCCUCGCCGCCUUCAAGAAGCGAGCGCAGCAGAACAAGGUUGGCGACCCCUUCCACAAGGACACCUUCCAAGGCCCUCAGGUCAGCCAGCUGCAGUUCGACCGCAUCAUGGGAUACAUCAAGUCUGGCAAGGAGGAGGGCGCCAAGGUCGAGAUUGGUGGCGAACGACACGGCGACAAGGGUUACUUCAUCCAGCCUACCAUCUUCUCCAAUGUUCGCUCCGACAUGAAGAUUAUGCAGGAGGAGAUCUUCGGCCCUGUCUGUGCCAUCUCCAAGUUCAAGGAUGAGGAGGAGGUCCUCAAGCUGAGCCACGAGACCGACUACGGUCUCGCUGCCGCAGUUCACACCACGGACCUCAACACUGCCAUCCGCGUCAGCAACUCGCUCAAGGCCGGUACCGUCUGGGUCAACUGCUACAACCUCCUUUCGCAUCAGCUCCCCUUUGGUGGAUUCAAGGCCAGUGGCGUCGGGAGAGAAUUGGGUGAAGCUGCUCUCCAUAAUUAUACGCAAAACAAGAGUGUCGCCAUCAGGCUUGGAGGCGCCCUCUUUGGUUGA